AUGACUAAAUCAAGCUUUCCGUGUGUAGUCCACCGCUUCAACAUCCCCCUAGACCUUACCGCAGUUCCUGUGAUUGAGGAAUUUAUGGGGAGACAAAACGAGUUAGAUAGUCUAUGGCAGUAUCUCCAACCAACAAAUUCACCAUCGCGGAAAGUUGGAAUUCUCCACGGGCUAGGUGGAAUGGGAAAAACACAGCUAGCGAUUCGCUUCGCGCGAGAUCAUAAACAUGAUUUUACGGCUAUCUUCUGGCUUAGUGGCAAGGAUCGAGAUACGCUCUUACAAUCGUUAAGCUUUGCCUUAAACCGACUACUAGGACAGAGUUGGGAUAGCGAGGCGACUAAUGAAGGAGAGGUAGAGCAACGAGCCAGACAUAUGCUACGGUGGCUAGCAUUGGAGGGCAACUCGCGCUGGCUGAUCAUUUUUGACAACAUCGAUCAAUACUCCCCUUUUAAUAGCGCUGCUGAUAAGGGAUACGAUAUUGCGGAAUUUUUCCCCAAAGCAGACCAUGGCUCUAUCCUUGUCACUUCUCGACUUCAAACUCUGAAUCUCCUUACUCUUACCAAUCGUCUAGAUGGACUACCUUUGGCCAUUGUCAUCGCCGGGGCUUUUAUGCGGGAAACUGGAACCAGCAUCACUAAGUACUUGCAGUACUACCAAGAAGCUUGGUCUAAGCUACAGCGGCAAUCGAAUCCUGGACGUCAGUACCAGCAAGGCAAUAUGCUACAAACAUGGAUGAUCUCAUAUCGAGAAAUCCAGAGGCGUGACCCAAGGGCAGCAGACCUUCUACUGCUACUUGCCUGCUUCGAUAAUCCUCCGAAGUUCCAGAUUGGCUCGAAAGAGCCAUCUCAAGUGAACUUGGGUUUAGAGAUUGCGUGA